AUGGGCAAUAAUUCAUCGCAAAUUGGCAAUGGCUAUGGAUACAGAAUCAUAUCAAUUGAACCCAAUUCAUUUGGAUCAAACCUCAAUUUGGAAAUCUUUCUAGAUUAUAUAGUCCAGAUAAAAUCCGAUUCCUAAGUGAAUGCUCUCAAAUUACUCGAAAGUGAUGAGCCAAUAGAGUUGUCUAUCUUGAAUAUUUUUUCUAUGGAAACCAGAAAAAUCUACAUUUCUGAGCCACGAUCCACAAUUAAAUUGGGUCUUUAUAUCAGAUACGAAUCAAUAAAUCCUUUGAUUCUUCAUAUUACCAAAGUAUUAAAGGGUAGUCCUGCAGAAUCAAGUGGACUAAAAAGCAAUCAAGAUUAUCUACUAGGAGUUAAAUCUCAUAGAUGUUAAACAAUUGAUGAAUUCUCAGAUAUUGUAACAGGAUAAGCAUAUUCUAAAUAAUCAAUUGAAGUAUUCAUCAUAUCCAUCUUUAAGCUCUGCAUAUUUUCCCCAUUAACUAAAAAGUCGCCAAGAGUUGUUGUAUUAGAACCUAAAUUCAAUUGGGGAGGACCAGGUGCUUUAGGAUGUGAAUUUGCAUCAGGAGCUUUGCAUUCUUUCAAUUUUUCAUAGUUGGUUAAACCUCAAGAAAGUGAUGAGAGUAGAGAAGUUCAAAACCAUGAAGACAAUUAAUAAUUAGAAAAUGAGGAAUAAAAAUAAUAAUAAUAAUAAUCAGAGAAUAGAGAAUAAAAUGAAAUCAUAUUAAACAGUUAAGAAGAUUAAUAGGUGGAACUUAACAGAUCAAUUUCAUUAGAUAAAAUUAAUGAUGCUUAAGAACAUUCCAUUGAUAAAGCAUUAAGUUUGAGUUGUUCAUAAAUAAGUGAAUCAAAGUAGAAUACUAAAUCAUCAGUAUAAUAAGAUAAUUAAUAAGGCGUCGGUUUUGAUUAACAAUAAAUAAUCAGUUAGGUAGAAAUGAAAAAUUCUUAACAAAUUGAUGAAAGCAGUAUUUUGGCUGAUUUAGAUAAUCAAUAAAAGCAGCAAUAAAACUUUGAAUAGAUCUAAUCUGACAUUUUGUUGCCUGAAACACCCACUAAUUUUGGAAUGUCAUAAUAAGAUACUUAAUUUGAGAAUGGAAUCGAUGAAUAAGGAGAGGUGACUAAAUUCAAGGGAGUGCUGAGAUUUUAAAAGGAAGGAUAAGAACCCUAUUUAGAAAAGGAGGAAAUCAAACAAAUAGAUCACUUAAAUAGUUCUUUCUAGUUAAAAAACGCAUCAUCAGAUUAUUCUCAUUUGGAGUAGAAUAAAAAUGAAAUACAAGUCUAACCUUAGUCGACUGUUUCUCAAUAGGACAAUGAAUCAAAAAACGUAGUUGUGAAAUAUGUGAAUUAAUUAGUAUUUAAAUCUCCAAAGAGGGAAUAAAUGUAUGUAGUUGAUAAAAAACUGUUGUUCGACAUCUAAUUUGAAGUGCCAAAAUAUUAUGUAAAUAUUUAUUGA